GAAUUUUUCAUUUUGAACUUCUUAGUAUAGUAUAUAAGGUAGAGGGUCCGACAACAAAACAGACCUGUAAAAAAAAGAAACGACGAAAAAAUCAAAACAAUAUUAAAACGAACUGCAAAAACGGAUAUCUAUUUGGGAAAAUACAAAAUUGGUGGAAUCCUAAAGCAAUUUAAUGAUUAUAUUUGUUUUCUUGAGGCAGCCCCGCUCCCGAUAGUUGCAGUUCCCUGAACCUCACAUAUCCAUGCCACGGACUAUAUAAGCACACGGAACAAGGCCCCGGACUGGCUGGGCGAUAUGUUGUUUGCACUUUUGUUGGAGCAAACAUUGACUCUCUUUUGUCGAAUUGUAUUGAUCAAAGAGUUUUUCGUUUGGUUAUUGAGCCGUGGUUUGCUGUUUCACAAUAUUAUUCAAUGGAAAGGCUCGUCAUAAACGACACGCACGUUCAAUUGUUAUGGGGGUUAUGGCGAAUACCAUGGUAGUGUGCAUGGCCCCCAAUUAGUCAUUUGAUAUAUUCUACGAUUCUAGCAAUAUGAGUGAUACAUAUCGUAUUAGUGAAUAAUACAAACAGGGAUUUGGAUGAAUGUGGUUCACCGCCAUGGAGACGUAUAUGCACUACACAUUACUUGAUUGGUAUUUUUUAAAUGUGACUUCACGACUCAUUUAAAGAUUUGAUAUGAGGGUAACGGAAAGCUAAAGACACUUGCGAAAAAUAAUAGUUUCAAGACCAGAAUGUAAUGACCUGCCUCUACUAUUUCCUUGUUUCUCAUUGUUAUGGAAAUAACCAGCUGACAGAAUGUUGUCUUUUAUAUGAGGAAGACAUUUUAUUCGUCGUAUGAUCUGCAGAACUAACCCAAGACAGGCUUGAAAUAAAAUCACCAUGGCAGAAACGGCUGCUUCACUUGCUAAAGACCUCCGUCAUGAGUUCCUCACUUGUUCUCUCUGUCUGAACUGUUACUCUCGUCCUAAGAUGCUACCUUGCCAACAUGUCUUCUGCACUCGAUGUCUUCACAAGUGGUACGAGUCCAAGUCCAAACAGAACGGUACCAAUGCCAAGACUGUCACCUGUCCCAUGUGUCGAGUUUCACAAACUGUGCCCCCAAAUGGUAUCCUGGGCUUUCCUGAUAGCCAUGCCACGACGUCCUUGAUAAACUUCUUGGACGGUCGUGUCGAGUCGACGCCGUCCUGGGGCCCAACCACCAUCGGACUCAUUCGAGAGUUUGGAGAGAAAGGGAGCCAGGAUGGUCAAUUAUAUAAACCACUUGGUAUAGCCACUAGCGCAGAAACUGGUGAGUUUUUCGUCACCGACUGCAAAAAUAGAAUACAGGUCUUCGACAACGAUGGUGUGUUUGUCCGAAAAUUUACUUUUCCGCAGUUGGCGAAGAAGUUUACGCCGACGCAUCUGACGAUGACACGACGACUGAGCGCGGAUGGGAAGGAAUGUCUCCUAGUGUCCGACGUUAGUAACAAACAGAUACUUGUCUGUUCUCUCGGGGGAGAAAUUCUAAUACGAUUUGGCGGCAACGAGUUGGGGAUGCCCGGUGGUGUUGCGGUGACGAAAGACGGGUCGCUGCACGUCGUUGACGUCUACGCCAGAGUGGUACGGACUUACAAUCGUUCUGGACAAGAGAUUCGUAGCUUCUCCGGACUUUCGUCAUCGCGGAAGAAAAUAGACACAAGCACGGAAGUCGACGAGUGCGUCUUUCGCAGUCCUACUCACAUUGCGGUUACACGAUCUGAUAUCCUUCUCGUUUCCGACAGCCAAUCACAUCUUAUUUACAUCUUCGACAAUGACGGCAGCUACCGAAACAAGUUUAACUCGAUUGGUAAACAUGGUGGUCAGCUGCAGAAUCCAUCUGGUAUUGCUGUUGAUGGGUCUGGUAACAUCCUUGUUGCUGAUACAUCGAGUAAUAGCGUCCAGCUAUUUGACUAUCGUGGACGGUUUCGGAAUCGAGUUGACGACAGUUUUGAUGGCCUUCGGAAUCCCCAAGGCAUGGCCAUUUUGAAUGACGAACAUGUGGCAGUAGUUGACGCUGACAAUCAUGCCAUCAAACUUUUCUCUUAUGUAUAAUUAGGAUCAUGCUUUCGAAUCUAUAUCUUCAAAAUGACAAAAAGCAAGGAGGAAACAAUGAUGAAAUGAUCUAGAAAUAAAUGAAAUCAUAUCGUAGAUGGCAAAUAUGACUAACCAUUAAGCAUGGUUACUAUUAAUGCAUUAAAUAUGAUUCAUGCAGUAGAAAAAAAAACUCAUAUUCCAAUUUUUGUUUGAUAAGUCAUUGCUUUCUUUUUCCUAUUGUAAUUCAGUUAUAUUCUUUUCCGUCCUGACGAUGUGAAUGAUGCUCUAGAUGUUUUGGCAUGAAUUUUUCCUUCUUUUUAUUACAAAGCGAACAAAUAAGACCCCCUAAACAAUUGCGCAAUAAAUCGAAACAAGAUUAUUUUCUUUUUAAUGUCGAUAACCAAGUUGAAUUAACUGCAAUAUGUCAUCUACAUGUACAUUUAAACAUUUCGCUUUUCAUUCAGUUUCUGCUCAAAUCUUAAUUCUAGAUACCACAUGCAGAUUUUUUUUCUAUAUUUAUAGUGAUGUAAUCAGUGGCGUACCUGGGAUUUUUCACAGGGGGGGGGGCAAAACCGUCCGCAAAAAAAUUGACAAGCAAAAAAAAAAAAAAAAAAAAAAAAAAAAAAGGUCUUCAAUCACAAAUGAAGGAUUUCGUACAAGAAAAAAAAUUGACAAGCAAAAAAAAAAGGGUCUUCAAGCUCGUCAGGGGGCAGGGAUACGUCCUUUGCAUGGGUUGUGGCUCGUCAGGGGGGCAGACUGCCCCCUCUGCCCCCCCGUAGGUACGCUAGUGGAUGUGAUGUUGUCAUUACGAGAAAAGAAUAUUGAAAAAUCGGGCAAAUACCGCGUACAUGGCAGUAUAACAUAUCUCUCAAUCAUCGAAUGCUUCUGUAUAAGUUUACUUUCUCCCCAGAAGUUUCAACGAUAUUCGUACUUUCUAAAAUUGCAGAAACUUCUAAAAUAUUGAUAUUUGCCGUGCAAAUUUGCAGAGGUUUAGCUGAUCUUAAUCGGAUGUCGAUAAAGUUUUGAUUUUUUUUUUCAUUGGAGGUAAUAUUCAAGGGGUUUUACAUGAAUUUUGGUUUGGAUUAAAAAGUAGAAGAAAGGACUGAAAGUUGAAAAAUAUAAAUAUUUGAUAGGGGUAUGACGGAACAAGCCACGAUUAUCCCCUUUAAUUAAUGUGAGCAAAAGAAUCGUUCAACAAGGCCUUUAAUUUUCAAGAAACUUAUACAACAAGUAAGGAAGCCAUGAAAAUAAUUAUUGAUCAAAUAAUAUUUUGUUACAUUAAACUUAUUGAUCCAAUAUAAAGAGAUAUUAUGUAUUUAUACAACUCCCAAGAAUGUUCUGUAAUCUGAUUGGUCCAAAUCGGAUCACAUGAUAUUCAGCGAAUUGCACUAUAUUGCAUCCAAAAUGCACUAUCCUGCACUCUGACGUCAUACCAAAUGUAGAGUAUGUACAAUCCUGCACUCUGACGUCAGAGUGCAGGAUAGUGCGAGGUCUGGAAUUAUCUAGAAUAUAGAUCAAAAAUAGCAUUCGGGGCAACUCAGUAACAUGGGGAGGGGGGUGUAUAAAACAAACAAUGCGCGCAUUCAUCUGCAUAGAGGACCUAUAAUUAUUAAUGAACUCUGUGCUCGACUUAACUUCUGUGAUGAACCAAACAUUCAUCAUUGAAGUUUUACAUUGCUUUCCAAAAUCAUGGAAGCAUUGUUCAGCCCCGAAUUUCAGGCCCGGUGUUUAGCAAAGAAAAACGAAUGACUUUAGUUUGCCAUAUAUUUUUACAUGCUGCAGUUGGUUUUAGUUCCAUGAUUAGUGUGGUCACACUCAACGAAAAAUAUAAAAUCGUCGAAACUUUGACUUGCGCCGAAAUUGUAUGAUAUUAUUUUCUCGACAGUUUCAUAACUUUUUUUAUUACUUCACAUUGUUUACCCUCUCUUGUUUUAUUAAUACCACGUUCCGCCAAUUUUCUUUUGUUGUGAAAGGCUAUUACGGUCGUCUUGUCUUUCCGCUGAUGCCUACAAUCAAUAUGUUAUUAUUUUGUCAGAUAAAAAUAAUGCUCUGAAGGUCACUGUUAAAAAAAAUUAUGUUAUAGGCCUAUCUAUAUUAUGAUUAAAUAUGUUAUUAAAAAAAUUUAAGCGGCAUGUAUCAUUAUAGGUUGAUAACACUGGAAUGGGCAUUUUCUCUAGCAUUUCUGAUUCUUUCUUGCCUUCGAAUACUAAAGCUUGCAUUAUUUAUGGGUUUUUUUUAUUCAACGCAAACUUGCCGUUGUGCUGCGCGUCUUCAUUGGUAUAGCAUUGUGUCAAAGAUUGGGGAAAAUAUUAUCCCAAUUUUUAAAGAAAAAAACCCAGUGAAAUGACAGGGUGCAUGAAGCUGAAAACCUGAUACGCCUUAAAUGGUUAUUUCGGCGAAACGUUUUCUUCUUUCAUUAAGAGAUGUAAAAUACUUUUGUAAUUUAGGGCUUAUCAGCGACGAAAUGAACGUAAAAAUUGCGUGUCAGAAGCCAUACGUAGACCUUUCAUGUCUAUUUUGUUUUCCUCCUCCUCCUCCUCAUCACCACCACCACCAUCAUUAUCAUCAUCAUCACUGGCGGAUCCAGGGGGAAGCAAAAUUAAAAUUUGUAAUGUAAAAAUGCCAUUAAAUCAGAGGUGUGCCCCCUCUUUUGAAAUUUAAGACCUUUUUUUUUUGGCUUGUCAAAAUUUUUUUCGGGUACGAAAACCUUUUUUUUUCUUGUCAAAAUUUUCCUCCGAAAUAUUUGCCCCCCUUAUGGAAAAUUCUGGAUCCGCCCCUGAUCAUCAUCAUCAUCAUCCUAAUCCUCCUCAUCAUCGUCAUCAUCCUCACCUUCCUCCUCCUCAUCAUCAUGUUCGAAUGCUGUUUUGCUCAUUAAUAAUUAUAUUAAUGACAACUUCGUCUAAGUUCAGAGCUUGUGUAAUUUAUUUUUUUCUGAGUCCUGAUUUUCUGAGUUUUAUGAACAUGGUUUGCUAUGGCGUCCCAAUGAAACAAAAAUGUAUUUUCACUUUUGCAUGAAAUAUGACGUGGGUGCAGGUUCAAUUCCUAUAGGGAACGGAGGGGUGAGAGUAUGUAUUCCACUUGAUGCGAACUGAUGCAGAAUCAGGGAAUUCAAACGUCACGUCGCCUGAUUCACCAUGAUAGUACCCCUCUCAAACAUGUCAAAGAGAUGCACUUCCUAUUGCUGUGUCAUUUUCCUUCAAUAACCGGAAAUUAUAAGUUUUAUAUUUGUAUCUCAAAGCAUGAAGUGCUUAAUUUGAAUAAUGAUGCAAUCAAUAAAUCACGGGAUAAAAUGUAUUUACACAAA